AUGCUUCAAAAUCUUAUUAAAAAUGUUUGGGUCCCCAUGAAUCCCUACUAUACCCAAGCUUACCAGGAGACUUUGUUAGGAAUGGGGUUGAUGAGUGUCAUCAUUUAUAAAAUCAGGAGUGCUGAUAAAAGAAGUAAAGCUUUGAAAGCCUCAAGCCCUGCUCCUGCUCAUGGCCAUCAUUAA